AAAUGCUAGGUUGGUUUAUGUUAAACAAUUGCAUUUGGGGGUACACUUAGGUGGCAAAUAUUUAUGGCAUUGCUUACUAACCGCAUACAAAUGUUUCUUAUGUUUUAUUAUUCACAACAGCACUAACUGUAAAAUUAUACACGAUCAGAUGGCUUUCUUCAGGCUAACGUCAUGUAAAGCCACGCCUGCACACUGGAGCCUUCGCUACCCACACCUGCUGCUUAAAUAAGUUGACGCUAAGUGUUUCCAGAAGUGUCGACAAAGAGAUAAAAGGCUAAGCGUAAAUUAAUCACGCGAGAGAACAGGCUGGCCUUCAAAGGUUGAGGUCCUUCAGGCACUCUGCUAGUUGAGCGUACAGUCCAUCAAUCAAGCACCACACCAAGCAAGCACCUUCAAAAUGUUGAAAUUGUUGCUGAUCGUGAUGCUGUCGCUGCAUUUCGCAGAGAAGCGUUCUUCCGCCUACAUCUGGGAACGUACCAAGAGGACAGGAUUGGAUCCCUGGGCGCGAUACCAGCGGGUGCCGCCCGCGCACGAAACUGCCGACAAGCUAAUGAAGUAUUUCUUGGGCAUUGAUCAGAGAGUCAUACGACAGAUGAGAAGAAGAAAUCGCAGGUCUGUAGAAGGGUCUAUGCCAAGGCUAUACGCACAUUUUGAUGCCAUAUUCGUUAUUGACUCCUCCGCAUCCAUUCUGCCUAAAGAUUUCCAACGGACACUGAAAGCCCUGCAACUUCUGACUGGAAAAGCUCAGAGAGAGAGGCGGUACGCGGCCGUUACUUUCUCCUACAACGCUACCGUCCGUUUUAAUUUCACGUCAAGACGAGACACCGUUGGAAAGCUAGGAGAGAUACCUUUCGAAGCUGGCAUGACAAACACCCAGAAGGCGUUUGAAAUAUGCCGAAAAGAACUGAUUUUAAAUCGUGGAAGCGGCGCUCGACCCGGAUACAGAAAGCGCGUCCUAAUUGUAACUGACGGACAGUCUAACGUACAAAAACAAAAGACUUUAUUUGAAGCGUUUAAGGUCAAGCUCACAGGUACACAAAUCUUCGUUAUUGCAGUAGGAAAGUACCUCAAGGGUAUCUCUGAAAUCGUUGGGCUCGCGAGCUCUACAGAUGCCCAUCUUUACCGAGUGGCUAAUGUGAACGGACUUCUGCGUGUCGUCAGGCUAAUUCCACCAUGGCAUAUGAUAGAGAACUACAUUCGUCGCUCGUGGCUAAAUGGAAUGUUACGACCUCAGUUCUGACUCUGUGGAUCAGCAGUGGGUCUCGCGCAGACUGCAUUCAAGAAAAAAGACUACGAACUGCAACCGGCUAAAAAACAAUUGCAUUGCUUGUUGUACUAAGUUAAAUACGCUGUGUACAUGAUAAAUUAAAGAGUUGCCUAGGGUAUAGGCUUAACUAUUGGCUAUCGAACUUACUAGUCAUAGACACGUAAGUCAUUGAAACCAGAUCAGGGACGUCAGCACAACUUGGAAUUAUCAAGAACGAACUUGCAACAAAUAUUGGUGGCAAAUGCACCCACGGUGUAGAUAUGAAAAGUUACAAAAUAAUGUUUCGAAAGGGCAAGUAUAAAUUUACUUAUAUUGAUAAAACGUCAGGAGCAUGUUUUAUCUUGGAUUUUCUGUGAAUGACUUUUGAAACGAUCAAAGUUACGUUUAAGUAUAGGUAGUUUAUAGAUUUCAAGAGACAACAAAUUAUUCGGCGCACUAUGUUUUGCAUGGUAGCUAAUAUGCGGUUGAAAUGGUCGCAAGGCCAUUUAAGCGUACAAUGAAACCCUCAGGCGGUUAAAGGCUAGAAUAUGCAUUUUUCAUUACAAAGCUUGAUUUGUGCAAGUGUACCUGCUGGAAACGUAAAUUAAAGGUCCAUUCAUGAAGGAACGAGA